ACACCAUGCGGGCGAGUAAACGGCUGGCUCUCAGGGCACCGAUGAGUCGCAAUGGCGGUCGACGGCAUCAGCUCCUUCACGUUGCUUUGUGCAGGAGUUUUGUUUUUCAUGCUGGGGUUUUGUGAGUCUGGGUGUCGGGAGGCAGGUCUGUGCUGCUCUGGCCGGGAGACCUCAUGCAGCACCAGAGGAUGGAGAUCCGACCGGACGUAUGGAACCUGCUUCUGUGAUCAAGCCUGCAGGUCCACCAUGGACUGCUGCCAUGACUACCACACGGCUUGCCCAGCUGUGUCCUGCGUGGUCAGCGGGUGGUCGCAGUGGUCCGGCUGUUCUGAGCCCUGCAGAGCCACGAUACGCCGUCGAAGCAGAACUGUCCAGCAGGGACAAGUCAACGGUGGAAACCCCUGUCCACAUCUGGAGGAGCUGGCCGGCUGUGCCGAGUAUUGGUCUCAACAAGGACACUGUCACAACUUGCUUGUCCCAGCGCUCAUUACCAGCGGUGGCUAUGGCAACGCCAGGAAGAAACGCGACAUCCCAGACAGCGGUGACAUUAGCAGGUACUGCAUCCAGUUCCAGUUAACCUCGAUGACCAGUGGGUGCCAGCGAAGUGGAGGACCACACACCCAUUGGAUGCAACGCCUGAGGGAGGGUCACCAAGUGUGUGUGGAGUGUCAGCCGCCGGCACUUUCUGCUGGACACAAAUACUGCGUGGGUGAUGGAGAAGAGCCGAACAGUGACAACAGGAGCCAGUCUCUCCAGUGGCAGGCGGUGGGAAACCCUCAGUGCAGGGGAGUGUGGAGACGCGUGGGGAGACAGGAGGCCUGUUCCUGCCCCACGGCACACAGCUUCCUCUUCAUCUGACCUGCUUUUAUCUCAGACACCAGCGUCCAGAACAGACCUCCGGGAUCAUUUCAUCUGUCAUCUGCAGCCAUGUGGAUGCCAUGAAAUGCAAUAAAUACACCCCGAAAAUGAAUCCAGUAUUUCAGUCGGUCACUGAGAGGAAUUUACUCGCUGCAUAUCAGAAGACUUCAGUUCUGCACAUUUCACUUGACAUAUACUUGAG